AUGACAGUUGAUUUAAAUAUUCCAUACUCAGCAUGUGAGUUAAAGAGAGUGAAAAGAUUAGAACUUGGGGUAUUAGACCCAGAAAUUAUAAAAAAAGUAGGAGUAUGUGAAAUAGUUAAUGUUGAUAUAUAUAAAGAUGGAUUUCCAAGAGAUGGAGGAUUAAAUGAUAUAAGAAUGGGAACUAUAGAUUAUAAGGCUUUAUGUGGUACUUGUAAUAUGAAUGUUAAAAAUUGUCCAGGGCAUUUUGGAUAUAUAGAAUUAGCAAAACCAAUGUAUCACUACGGUUUUAUGAAUAUCGUAUUGAAUGUACUAAGAUGUGUUUGUUACCAUUGUGGUAGAUUAUUAUGUGAUAUGAAUAGUUCAAAAGUAAAAUAUAUAGAAAAAAUAAAAGUAAAUAGUUUAAGAUUAAAAAGAUUAUCCGAUUUAUGUCAAGGCAUAAAAGUAUGUAAUCAUUCUUCUGUACAAGAAGAUAAUUUAUAUAUAAAUGAUACAUCUAUAGAUAAUUUUUAUAAUAAUGAUUUAAGUAAUUUAAAUGUUAAUCAACAAAUGCUUUUAAAUAGUAGUAAUAAUUAUAGUAACCUUUUUGAAAUGAUAAGUAAGGAGGAUGUAGAUUGUGGUUGUGUUCAACCCAAAUAUACUAGAGAAGGCCCAAAUAUGUAUAUCCAAUUUUUACAUAAUAAUAAUGAAGAUGAUGUAGAUGGUAGUAAAAGACGAUUAAGUGCUGAAGAAGCAUUAGAUAUAUUAAAAAAGAUAAGAAAAGAAGAAAUGAGUAUACUUGGAUUUAAUUCAGAUAGAUGUACACCACCAUCUUUAAUAUUAACUUGUAUGCCUAUUCCUCCACCAUGUGCAAGACCAUAUGUACAAUAUGGUAAUCAACGAAGUGAAGACGAUUUAACACUUAAACUUUUAGAUAUAGUAAAAACAAAUAUACAAUUAAAAAGGCAAACAGAUAGAGGUGCAAAAUCUCAUAUAUUGCAAGACUUAUGUUCAUUAUUACAGUUUCAUAUUACAACAUUAUUUGAUAAUGAUAUACCAGGUAUGCCAAUUGCAACAACUAGAUCUAAAAAACCAAUAAAAGCUAUAAGAACAAGAUUGAAAGGUAAAGAAGGUAGAUUAAGAGGAAAUUUAAUGGGUAAAAGAGUUGACUUUUCAGCUAGAACAGUUAUUACUGGUGAUCCUAAUUUAGGUAUAGACUAUAUAGGGGUACCUAAAUCUGUUGCUAUGACAUUAACAUUUUGUGAAACAGUUACUCCUCUCAAUUAUGAUAAUUUAAAAAAGCUAGUGGAAAGAGGUCCAUAUGAAUGGCCAGGAGCUAAAUAUAUUAUAAGAGAUAAUGGAUCAAAAUAUGAUUUAAGACAUGUUCGAAAAAAUUCAGAAAAGGAGCUUGAAUAUGGAUAUAAAGUAGAAAGACAUAUGACUGAUGAAGAUUAUAUAUUAUUUAAUCGACAACCAUCAUUACAUAAAAUGAGUAUUAUGGGACAUAAAGCAAAAAUAUUGCCUUAUUCUACCUUUCGUUUAAAUUUAGCUGUAACUUCACCAUAUAAUGCCGAUUUUGACGGUGAUGAAAUGAACUUGCAUUUAGCUCAAUCACAUGAAACAAGAUCUGAAAUAAAACAUUUAAUGAUUGUACAAAAUCAAAUAGUUUCUCCACAAGGUAAUAAACCUGUUAUGGGUAUAGUGCAAGACUCAUUAUUAGCUAUUCGAAAAUUUACAAGAAGAGAUAAUUUUUUAACAAAAGAAGAAGUUAUGGCAUUAUUAAUUUGGAUACCAUAUUGGAACUAUAAAGUUCCAACUCCUGCAAUAAUAAAACCCAAACCUUUAUGGACAGGAAAACAAAUGUUUUCUAUGUUAUUACAAUUUGAUGAUAAAGAUAUGAAUAAUAAUUUUGAUAAUGAUGAUAGAUCAAAAUUUGGAAAUAAUAUGGGAAGAGAUAAUGAAAACAAUUUUGGAAAAUUAAGUGGAUCAAAUAAUCCAAAUAGCCCAUUGCCUCUUAUGGAUAAUAUGCAUAUGGGUAAUACACGAAAUGAAAUAAACAAUAAUGUUUCAAAUAUGGGUAAUGGAGGGAAUAAUACAUAUGGUAAGAGAUAUAAAAUGAAAAUUAAUUUAAUUAGAGAUUCUUCUACAUCUUGUAAAGAUGACAAUCCUUAUUGUUCAAAUAAUGAUGGUAAAGUUAUUAUUAAAAAUAAUGAAUUAUUAAGUGGUAUAAUUUGUAAAAGGGUUGUUGGAUCUUCUAGUGGUUCUUUGAUUCAUAUAUUAUGGCAUGAAAUGGGACCAGAUAAAACUAAAGAUUUUAUUUCAGCUUUACAAAAAGUGACAAAUAAUUGGCUAGAAUAUGUUGGCUUUACAGUUAGCUGUUCAGAUAUUAUAGCUAGUAAUAAAGUUUUAGAUAAAGUUAAAGAAAUAUUAAAUAAAUCUAAAAAUGAAGUUACAAAACUUGUAAAAAAAGCACAAAGUGGUGAAUUAGAGUGUCAACCUGGAAAAUCUUUAUAUGAAUCUUUUGAAACCCGAGUCAAUAAUGAAUUAAACUGUGCUAGAGAAAUGGCAGGAAAAGUUGCAUCUGAAAGUUUAGAUGAAAAAAAUAAUAUCUUUAGUAUGGUGGCUAGUGGUUCUAAAGGUUCUAUAAUUAAUAUAUCACAAAUUAUAUCAUGUGUGGGUCAACAAAAUGUGGAAGGAAAAAGAAUUCCAUUUGGAUUUAAUCAUAGAUCAUUACCACAUUUUAUUAAAUUUGAUUAUGGGCCCGAAAGUAGAGGAUUUGUGUCGAAUUCUUAUUUAAGUGGGCUAACACCACAAGAAGUCUUUUUUCAUGCUAUGGGAGGUAGAGAAGGUAUUAUUGAUACUGCUUGUAAAACAUCAGAAACUGGUUAUAUACAAAGAAGAUUAAUUAAAGCUAUGGAGGAUGUUAUGGUACAGUAUGAUAGAACAGUGAGAAAUUCAUAUGGUGAUAUUAUUCAAUUUUUAUAUGGUGAAGAUGGAAUGGCAGGAGAAUAUAUAGAAGACCAAAUUAUCGAUUUAAUGAAAUUAGAUAAUAAAGAAAUUAAAAAGUUAUAUAAAUAUAAUUUUGAUGAUGAGCCAUAUGGAAAGGAUUAUUAUUUAGGUAAGGAAGGAAAUGCAUCUGAAAAAUUAGAAACCGAAAAUACAAAUAGGGAAAGUGAAAUAAGAACACUUGAUACAGUAUCCAUGGAAGGUGAAGACCAUCCAGCCUAUAUUAAUUACAAUAAACAAAAUAUAUUAAACCAAGAAUUUGAAGAGUUGUAUAGGUGUAAAAAUUAUUUAUGCAAAGAAAUAUUUUCGGAUGGAGAUAUAAGGCAGCAUUUGCCUAUUAAUAUGAAUCGACUAAUUGAACAUGCCAAAUCUCAAUUUCCUUUUAUUCCAGUAAUUAGUAGUAAGUCCAAAAUCCAAACAAAAAUAAGUAGGGACAGAGGAAAUGAUACAAUGGGUAUAGGUGGAAAUAGAAAAAAAAAGAAAAAAAAAAGAGCAAAAAAAAUGGGCGAAAAAUCAAUGCAUCCUGAAGGCAUGAAUGAAUUAAAUGAUGAAGGAAAUGCAAAUAAAGAUCUUAUGUUUGAAAUUAAAAAAGAAUAUGAGAAUAAUGAUUUAUCUACUGUUAUGAAAAAUGAUAAAUCAUUCAUGGGAUUUGAUACAUAUAAUAAAGAAGAUAGUGAUAAUUAUGACGAUGACGAAGGUAGUAGUGAAAGUGAUGAUGAUGCAGAUUAUUUUUUUUCAGGAAAAAAUGAAAAUAAUGAUUUGAUGGGUAAUAAACUUGGAGGUUUGGUUCGAAACGGGUAUGAUGAUAAAAUAAAUUCGAUGGAUAUAAAUCCCGUAGAAAUUGUACAAAAAGUAAAUAAGUUUUUAGAUAAAUUAGUAAUAAUUAAACAAAUAAAUAAUAGUGAUACACUAUCGUUAGAAGCUCAAAAUAAUGCUACAAUAUUAUUAAAAGCACAUUUAAGAACAUAUUUAAAUUCAAAAUUAUUGAUACAUACACAUAAAAUAAGUUUAAAAGGAAUUGAUUGGUUAUUACAAGAGAUUGAAAAAAUAUUUUAUAAGUCCUUAUGUCACCCUGGAGAAUGUGUAGGAGCAUUAGCAGCUCAAUCUAUUGGAGAGCCAGCAACACAAAUGACAUUAAAUACAUUUCACUUUGCUGGUGUGGGUUCAAAAAAUGUAACAUUAGGUGUACCAAGAUUAAAAGAAUUAAUAAAUAUCGUUAAAAAUGUUAAAACACCAUCUACUACUAUAUAUUUAGAUGAUAUGAUAUCAAAUGAUCAACAAAAAGCAAAAGAUAUAUUAACAAAAUUGGAAUAUACAACAUUAAAACAAUUAACAUCACAUGCUCAAAUUAUUUAUGAUCCUAAUACAACAAGUACUAUAUUAGAAGAAGAUAAAUUAUGGGUUAAUGAAUUUUAUGAAUUUCCAGAUGAAGAUGAUACACAAUAUACAUUAGGUGAAUGGGUUCUACGUGUUCAACUAACAAAUAUACAUGUAAAUGAAAAAAAACUAACUAUGAAAGAAAUUGUAUAUAUAAUAUAUUCAGUUUUUUCAAGUGAUGAGUUAGAUAUUAUAUAUACAGAUGAUAACUCAGAAGAUUUAAUUUUAAGAAUUAGAGUAAAAUAUUUAAAUGGGGAAUAUAAUUUUUUAAGUGGAAAUGGAGAUAAUAUUAAUGAUGACCAAUAUGAAGAUGAAGAUGAUGAUGAAAGAGAAAUUCCCGAAAAUUAUAAUAACAUAGCUAAUACUUUUAAGGUAAAGAAAAGUAUGUCAUCGGAUAUGAAUGAAAAGAAUGAAGAGAAUGCAAGUAAUAGUGGUAAUAAUAUAGGAAGUGGGGAUCAUAUUGGAAAUUCCUCGAUAGAUAAUAUAGGACAAAAUAUAGAUGGUAAUAAAAGUGUUAAACAAGAAGGUGGUAGAAAAGGAUUACACAAAAGUGAUAACAAUGACGAUGACGAAGAUGAUGAUGAUGAAGAAGUUUUCCUUUUUGGAAGUGAUUCUAGAAAUUUAGAAAAUAAAGAAGGUAGUAAUAGUAGUCAUAAUAUGAGUAAAAGCCCAUAUGGAAAUGAUGAAAAAACUUCUAAUUUUUAUGACGGAGAAAAGAAAAAAAUUGAAUUAAAUGAUGAUCAACAUAUUAGUGGCAAUAUUGGUGGAAGUAACAAAACUAUGGGAAAAGGAGGUGAUGAAAACAAUCAAAAAAAUAGAAAGAAAAAUUUGAAUAAUGAAAAUAAUACAAUGAUAUCAAAAGAAGAUACAGAAGAUACAUUUUUAAAAAAAUUAAUGGAACAAUGUUUAUCUAGCUUAAAAUUAAGAGGAGUUGAAAAUAUAACAAAAGUAUAUAUGAGAGAAGAAUCUAAAAUUACUUAUGAUUCUGAAAAUGGUAAAUUUGUUCGAAGCUCUCAUUGGGUACUAGAUACAGAUGGAUGUAAUUUAGAAAGUAUAUUUUGUGCUCCAUCAGUAGAUUUUAAAAAAACUAUAUCAAAUGACAUUGUCGAAAUAUUUGAAGUUUUAGGUAUAGAAGCAGUUAGAAGAGCAUUAUUAAAGGAAUUAAGAACUGUUAUAUCAUUUGAUAGUUCAUAUGUAAAUUAUAGGCAUUUAUCAAUACUUUGUGAUGUUAUGACACAAAAAGGAUAUUUAAUGUCUAUAACUAGACAUGGAAUAAAUAGAGUAGAUAAAGGACCAUUAAUAAAAUGUAGUUUUGAAGAAACUGUAGAAAUAUUAUUAGAAGCAGCUGCAUUUGCACAAGUAGAUAAUUUAAGAGGUAUAACAGAAAAUAUAAUGUUAGGACAAUUAUGUAGAAUAGGUACAGGUGUAUUUGAUAUAAUUAUCGAUAAUCAAAAAUUAAAUGAUGCAAAUCAAAAUUUAGAAACUAUACAAGAUAUAACAAGUGCUGGUUUUACAACACCAGAUAGUAGUGGCAGUAAUAGUAACCAAGGUAUUAUAACACCUGAUGGUUUACAAUCACCUUUAGGAAUAAAUUCAAUUAGUUCACCUUUACCUUUUUCUCCAACUUAUAAUUCAAAUUUAUUAUCUCCUACUUUACCAAUUGAUAAUAUGAAUAAUAUAUUAUCACCACAAUGUUUGCCAAAUUAUUCAGAUAACAUUAUGUCACCAUCAAAAAAUGACUUUAAUAAUUUAGAUACUUUACAAUUAGGAGGUAAAUUUUCUCCAACCCAAUCUCCAAGAUCACCUUUAUCACCUACUUCACCAACUUCUGUUAUUCAUUCUCCAUUUUCUCCAUUUGAUAAUAGAAGUCAUAAACAGCCACUUGAUCCUUUAUUAUUAUUUUCCCCAAAAAAUAAUGCAUCUGGAAAUCCUGGCUUAAAUAAUUAUAAUGUUUUUUCACCUAAAGCAAAUAUGAACAAUAUACAAUCACCUCUUAUAUAUUCACCAAAUCCAAUGAUUGAUAUAUUUUCUCCAAAGCCUCAGAUGCAAAAUAAUAUUUAUUCUCCAUCUUAUUCACCAACAUCGCCUACAUAUAAUGCAGGUAAUAAUGCAUAUUAUUCUCCUACAUCUCCAAAAAAUCAAGCAGGUGAUGAUAUGGGUGGUAAUAAAAAAUACAAUAUUAUGUCUCCUGUUUAUUCAGUAACCUCACCAAAAUAUUCACCCACUUCUCCACAAUAUUCGCCAUCAUCUCCAGUACCUAAUAAUCCUAGUAGCCCGCAAUAUUCUCCAUAUUCAAUUACCUCUCCAAAAUUUUCACCAACAUCUCCAGCUUAUUCUAUAAGUUCUCCUGUAUAUGAUAAGAGUGAAAACAUGGCAGGAAAAAACCCUCUUUCUCCUGCAUACAUGUUACAGUCCCGUGUACAAAUAAGACAGAACGCUCAAGGUACGCAAGUUUUUUCUCCUAUUCAACAAGGUGGUGCAAAUGAUGUACAAAAUGAUGAUCCAUUUUCACCAAUUCCAUAUAAUAUGGAUGAAGAGGAGAUGCAAGAAGAAUAA